UACUCCUCAUUACAGCUGCAGUCUAAUAGACAGAGAGCAGGGGAGGGCUGGAGACACUUCUAAGACAGGGAGAGGGAAGGAGAGUGAGACAUUAUUAACAGGGAAAGUUAGUUAAGCAGUCCUACUUGUGCGCUCACUCUUCUUUGACUGCUGCCUCCCCACUCCACUACCUGAGGCGCGCACACACACACACACACACACACACACACACACACACACACACACACACACACAGGAGUUGUUUCAGGGAGGCUUAGAGGGCCGACUCUCCAGGGAAGAAGGGAAUUAAACACUUCAUUUUCAAUCCACGGCGUCCAUACUCAGGACAAAAAAAGGGAUUACAGCUUGUACGCCUGCCCCACUUGUUCCUCUCUUCUCUCUGCAUUUUGUCUUAACUUUGGAGACUUUGGAUACAACAUUCUUGAAUUGUUGGUUUGGGCUCAGAGAGGCAUGGCACACGGACAAAAGAGCCCCAGGUGGGCAUUAACCCAGGGCUCCUUCAGCUUGGCACUGGGCCUGUCGCUCUUCUCUCUCUUCCUCCUCCUCCUCACCGUCUCAGCUGCAGAUGAGUACGACUACUACAGCUGGCAGUCGGACAACUUCCACAAUGGUCGCUUCUACACCAAGCAGCCCCAGUGUGUGGACAUACCAGCUGACCUGCGCCUGUGCCACAAUGUGGGCUACAAGAAGAUGAGGCUUCCCAACCUCCUGGACCAUGAGACCAUGCCAGAGGUCAAGCAGCAGGCGGGCAGCUGGGUACCCCUCCUGGCCAAACGCUGCCAUGCUGAUACCCAGGUCUUCCUGUGCUCGCUGUUUGCACCGGUGUGCCUGGACAGGCCCAUCUAUCCCUGCCGCUCGCUGUGUGAAGCUGUGAGGGACAGCUGUGCUCCGGUGAUGGAGACCUACGGCUUCCCCUGGCCAGAGAUGCUGACCUGUGAUAAGUUUCCCAUUGAUAACGACCUCUGCAUCCCCAUGCAGUUCACUGGGAACCACGCAACCCAGCCACCAGUGUCGAAGGUGUGCCCUCCAUGUGACAAUGAGCUGAAAGCAGACAACAUAAUGGAGCAUUACUGUGCCAGUGACUUUGCCCUCAAGAUGAAGAUCAAAGAGGUGAAGAAAGAGAAGGGUGACCGGAAGCUGAUAGCAGCACAAAAGAAGAAGAAAGUGUUGAAGCAGGGUGUGCUAAGGAAGAAGGACCUGAAGAAACUGACCCUGUACAUCAAGAAUGGUGCAAAUUGCCCGUGCUCCCAGCUGGACAGCCUGGGCUCCAACUUCCUCAUCAUGGGCCGUAAAGUGGACCAGCAACUGCUGCUCAUGUCCAUUCACAAGUGGGACAAGAAGAGCAAGGAGCUCAAGUUCGCCAUCAAGUACAUGAAGUCCCAUCAGUGUCCCACCUAUCACACUGUCUUCCAGUGACGCGUCUCGCUGCACUGUUGGCACAAUCCACGAUCGCUUCCCACAUUCCACCUUGUUUCACAUAGAUCCUAAUUCUGCGUCCCCGAACCCCAGGUCCCUCCAAAAUCCAGCCCGCUACAUAGCCCUACAAAGGGUCUCAGGGCAGUCAAGCUUUUAUUUUCUCAGCUUUAACAUGAAUCAGGUCGUCAAGGGGGUCGUCCUGAUCUGCUUAGAUGAAUCAGACAUGUUAAUGUUGGAGGGGAAAAGCUGCACACAGCUCCCUCUGAAUAAUAAAACCCCCAAAGAAACCACAGAUUUUUUUUUUUUAAUUUAGGUGAUAUCAUUUUAUUUUAAGUAAAACAGACAUUUUGAUUGAUCACCUGCAAACUUAAUAGAAUUUUCCUUGUAAUUCUACUUUCCUCUUCUGACAUAGUAGAACAAAUCACUUGUAUGAUAUCUUUAUCAAGACAGUGGCAUUCAGAAAUGGGAAUGUAAAGAUGUGAGGCAACUAUUGGGAGGGAGAACAUGUUUGAUAAUGUAAUGAUUAUAGACGGACCGAAUGGAAAGGGAGCUGAGUGGGAACGCAGGGUUUGUUUCAGUGUAAAAAAAAAAAAUGGAGAGAAAUGAUACGCUACAGUAAAUGUGGGCUGUGUAAUGGGACAAUGCAUACACUGGCACAGAGCUCCCAGGAACAAUAUCAAAGCAAAGACAUGUAGAUGAUCCACUUAACUGUAUGGUUUAAUAAUGUAAAAAGUAGGCAAUCCUAAUAAAUACUAAAUGAUUAGAAAAUUGGGCUUUUUGCGUUUAUCCCUGAUGGGAAAGAAGACAGAUGGGACGAGACAGCCUGGAUGAUGCUUCCACUGACUUUGUACAGCAACAUUUUUUGUGGCCUGAAAGAGGGAAACUUGAAUAUUUUUUGCUUUUUCAAUUGGAGAGAGAAGGAAGUUAAGGCAGAGAAGACCUCAGAUCUUUCUGAAAACAAGUGGAGAAUAAAAGAGAGAGAAAGAGAGAGAAAGAGACUCUGGACAGAACCAACAAUGUUGGGUUGAUAAGUCUCUGGUACUGUUUUUCACUAUCACUAUUCAAAUGUUUAUUUGUUUUGUACUUCAAUUUUUGAGUUUGCUUCUGUUAAACCUCUUUUGUAUGAAAGCAGGAACCAUACAUUCAGACAUAGCACCUGAAUUCACUGUUGCAGUAGCAGUAAAAGAUGAAAAUUUAACUUUGACAACAUUUUCUAAUCAGUUAACAUGUAAGUAGU